UUUUCCGGGAGUUAUUCAAGUAGUAACAGAUUUGAUGGAAGAUUUACAUGAUUGACAUGAUUGACAUUCAUGAAUAAAUUAUGGAAUCAGCUAUGUGGGUAUGGCUGCUCUGUUUCGUAUGGGACCAAAGAAAGCCGUACGCCUCGUCGGGGGGAAUCGCAAUACCGAACACACACUUCCGGUUGUCAGAGAGUUUGAAUUUUCGGUUGGGAGAUCUGCUUGUUUUUCAGAAUGUCAACGCUUUUCCCAUCCUUAUUUCCGCGGAUGACGGAGUCUCUGUGGUUUAAUUUGGACCGCCCUUGUGUGGACGAAACCGAGCUUCAUCAGCAGGAACAGCAGCACCAAACUUGGUUACAGAGUAUUGCUGAGAAAGACAACAAUUUGAUGCCAAUUGGGAAACCGAUAUUUGAGACAUAUGAUGAGGAAGAGGAGGAGGAUGAUGAGGAUGAGGAAGACAGUGAGGAGGACUCAGAAGAUGAUGAAGACAUGCAGGACAUGGAUGAGAUGAAUGACUACAAUGAAUCCCCAGAUGAUGGAGAGAUCAAUGAGGUGGACAUGGAAGGGGCUGACCAGGACCAGGACCAGUGGAUGAUCUAGAACAGUUCCUCUGAGUCUUCAUUCUCUUAACAGUAACGGGAUUGGUGCUCCUCUACAAAGCUUUGGAUCUAUGCUCAACUGAUGAACUGUUUUUUAAACCCCAGCCUGCAGUUUUGGCACUGGGCAGAGUGCAGGUUGGCAUGUCACAUUGGAGCGCGUGGCCCAGUGAGAUUGCAAAAUUUUCAGUGUCAUUUGUCUCCAGUGCUGCUUGUGUAAUGAUGGAGGUAAAAAUGUGACUAGUUUUCAUGAGCCAGUACAAUGUAUGCAAGGAGAUUGCCAGAGCAUUGCUAGGCUCUGAGCCAUAUCAGCUGAUCAUAAGCACCUUCAGGUGCAGCUGUCCUCCUUGUUAACUGAAGACCUUGGUGCCCCUAUUUGGUCUACGUUACCAUGUUUGGUCUAAGUUACUGUGUCCCUGCCUGUUCAAGGAUUUCUGCAGUGAACUAACACACAGCGUUGUCUCCAUUAAAGGUGCAGGCUGUCUUUGUACUUUGCCUCCUGUCAUAUGAGAGUGUGUGUGUCUCAAAAACGACGUAACACACAUUCUAAAACUCCUCUGAUGCACCCACUCAAGCCAUUGUGCUGUGUUUUUAUGAGUGCACCUGACUAAAGCACAUUUUUUCUUAAAGGAAAAUGGGACAAAAUAAACUUUUACUCUAGAAGGCGUCAAGCAAACUGGUGGAAUUUAUUGAACUGU